CAACAGAACACAAGAAAAACCCUCCGACUGAUCUUAUUCAAUCAUUGACACCCACACCUCUCUCUCUCUCUCUCUCUCUCUCUCUCCGGCCAAGACUUUGUUUGGAAUCUUGGAUCAGAGAGCAUCCGCCCCAGCAACGCCAUGGUUGAAACCAGACGCAGCUCUUCUUCUUCCAAACGCGCCCUCUCCUCCCCUCCUCCCACCACCACCAAACGAUCCAAGGUGUCCGAGGCGUCCUCGUCAACCAAUGAUGUUGGGAGUGCUCCGUUGGCGGAGGAUUUGGGCCCGGUAAAGGAAUCCGGGUUUGAACCUGGAGAGCCGGAGCUACAAUCCCCUGAUCUGCUGAACACCGGCUCGCCGAAGCCCGCUGGCGCAUGCGACGCGGAUGAAUGUGCGGAUUUCGAUGUCCAAGGUGAGGUCUUGGUGUCGCCGCUUUCUUUAGGUGGAGCUUCCGUGGAUGCCGAGAACUCGAAGGCGGCCGGUAUGGCGCUACGGGCAAAGAAGCGCCUGACAAAACUGACAAAAUCGAGUUCGGAAAUUGCGUGGGGAAAGCUUAUAUCCCAGUGCUCUCAGAACCCUCACCGGGAAAUGCGUGAUGCUACCUUCACUGUUGGUCAAGGCAGUCGAUGCAAUUUGUUGCUUGAAGAUCCAUCCAUUAGUGAUAAUUUGUGUAGAUUGAGGCAUAUAGAGCGUGAAGGUUCAUCUGUUACAUUACUGGAAAUCACAGGGCGCAAAGGUGCUGUGCAAGUAAAUGGCAAGAUUUAUAGAAAAAAUUCUAGUGUCAUUCUAAGUGGAGGUGAUGAGGUCGUCUUCACUCCUUCUGGAAAACAUGCCUAUAUCUUUCAACAGCUCACCAGUGAUAAUUUAACUACUCCUGUAAGCAUAUUAGAAGCGCAUAGUGCUUCAAUGAAGGGGAUUCAUAUUGAGGCAAGAUCUGGGGACCCCUCAGCUGUUGCGGGAGCAUCAAUUUUAGCAUCUUUGUCAAAUCUUCCAAAAGAGUUAUCCUUACUUCAGGCACCUGCAAAAACUGGUGAGAAUGUGGAGCAGAACACUGAGAUGUCCAUACUACCUUCUGGCUGUGGAGGAUCAGAUGGUCAUACCCCAGAUAUUGACAUGAAGGAUAGUGCUAAUGACAAUGGUCUUGCUGGUAUUUCGUCUAGAAAGAAAACUGUUGUCCCAUCCCCUGAUGCUGCCAAUGAAAAUCCCAAUCUUACUAGUCUUGGAUUGGAUCCUUUUAUGGACGCAAUCAUUGGAAAGGCCCCUGCAGCGAAUUAUGAAUUGAGGCCUCUCUUGCGGAUGCUUGCUGGUUCAUCUUCUUCAGAUUUUGAUUUGAGUGGCAGCAUCUCUAAAAGACUUGAUGAGCGAAGGGAAAUGAGAGAACUCCUUAAGGAUUUUGAUUCUCCAUCAAUUUUGAUGUCGACUAGGAGGCAAGCAUAUAAAGAUAGAUUACAACUAGGAAUUCUCAAUCCUGACAAGAUUGAAGUUUCGUUUGAUAGUUUCCCAUAUUACUUGAGUGACACAACGAAGGAUGUUUUGAUUGCUUCAGCAUAUGUUCAUUUGAAGUGUAAGAAAUUUGUUAAAUACGCCUCAGACCUACCUACUGUGUCCGCACGCAUAUUAUUAUCUGGUCCUGCAGGUUCGGAGAUAUAUCAAGAAACUCUGGCAAAGGCACUUGCCAAACAUUUUGGUGCUAGACUAUUAAUUGUUGAUUCUCUUCUAUUGCCUGGCGGACCAACCAAAGAUUCUGACUCUGUGAAAGAAGCUUUUAGGACUGAACGAGCAUCAUUUUUUGUUAAACGAGCUGCACAGGCUGCUGGGUUUCAGCAUAAGAAACCAGCUUCUAGCGUUGAGGCCAAUAUUACAGGUGGUUCCACAUUAAGCUCUCAGGCUAUGCCGAAGCAGGAAGCAUCCACUGCAUCAUCAAAAAGCACUACACUCAAAGCAGGUGAUAGAGUAAAAUUUGUGGGUACAUUACCUUCUGGAGUUUCGCCACUGCAAAAUGGUCCGUUAAGCAGGGGACCAACAACUGGUUCUCGAGGCAAAGUUGUUCUUGCUUUUGAAGAAAAUGGUAAUUCAAAAAUUGGGGUCAGAUUUGAUAAAUCAAUUCCGGAUGGAAACAAUCUUGGUGGCCUCUGUGAAGAUGAUCAUGGCUUCUUUUGUUCUGCCAAUAGUUUACAACGCUUAGAUGGUUUUGGAGGUGAUGACAUUGACAAGCUUGCUAUUAAUGAACUCUUCGAGGUUGCAUCAAAAGAAAGUAAAACCAGCCCGUUAAUAUUGUUCAUGAAAGAGAUAGAAAAGGCUUUGGUGGGUAGCUCAGAUUCAUAUACAGUCUUAAAGAACAAGCUUGAAAAUUUGCUGGAGAAUGUUGUGAUAAUUGGCUCCCAUACCCAGAUGGACAGUCGUAAGGAGAAGUCCCAUCCUGGUGGACUUCUAUUCACAAAGUUUGGAAGCAACCAGACAGCUUUGCUUGAUCUUGCCUUUCCGGAUAACUUUGGUAGAAUGCAUGAUAGGAGCAAAGAAACCCCAAAAACAAUGAAGCAACUCACUCGACUCUUUCCCAACAAAGUGAUGAUACAGCUGCCUCAGGAUGAAACUUUACUUUCGGACUGGAAGCAACAGUUGGAGCGUGAUGUUGAAACUCUGAAAGCUCAAUCAAAUAUUGUCAGCUUUCGUUUAGUUCUCAACCGAAUUGGCUUGGAGUGCCCUGACCUUGAAACUUUGUGUAUUAAAGAUCAAGCCCUUACUACUGAAAGUGUGGAGAAAAUAGUAGGAUGGGCUCUAAGUAACCAAUUUAUGCAUCAUUCUCAAGUGUCAGUCAAAGAUGCUAAACUUGUGAUUUCUUCUGAGAGCAUUAAGUAUGGGCUGAACAUUCUGCAGAGCAUUCAAAAUGAAAACAAGAGCUUGAAGAAAUCACUUAAGGAUGUGGUCACCGAGAAUGAAUUUGAGAAGAAACUUCUUGCCGAUGUUAUUCCACCAAGUGACAUUGGGGUUACAUUUGAUAAUAUUGGGGCUUUAGAAAAUGUAAAGGAUACUCUGAAGGAAUUGGUGAUGCUUCCUCUUCAGAGGCCUGAAUUGUUUUGUAAAGGACAGCUGACUAAGCCUUGCAAGGGAAUAUUACUCUUUGGGCCUCCUGGUACUGGGAAAACAAUGCUUGCCAAGGCAGUUGCAACUGAGGCCGGUGCAAACUUUAUUAACAUAUCAAUGUCAAGCAUUACUUCAAAGUGGUUUGGCGAAGGGGAGAAGUAUGUCAAAGCAGUUUUUUCUCUAGCAAGUAAAAUUGCUCCUAGUGUUGUUUUUGUUGAUGAGGUUGAUAGCAUGCUAGGGAGACGGGAAAAUCCUGGAGAGCAUGAGGCUAUGCGUAAAAUGAAGAAUGAGUUUAUGGUGAAUUGGGAUGGUCUGCGUACAAAGGAUAAGGAGCGUGUGCUGGUACUUGCUGCUACCAAUAGGCCUUUUGACCUUGACGAGGCUGUUAUUAGGAGGCUUCCCCGGAGAUUGAUGGUCAAUCUUCCAGAUGCCUCAAACAGAGAAAAAAUUCUUGGAGUCAUUUUAGCAAAAGAAGAGCUGUCACCUGAUGUUGAUCUGGAAACAAUUGCAAAUAUGACAGAUGGUUAUUCUGGGAGUGACCUAAAGAAUCUAUGUGUGACUGCGGCACAUUGUCCCAUUAGAGAAAUUUUGGGGAAGGAAAAGAAGGAAAAGAAUGCGGCCUUGGCAGAGAACAAACCUUUACCUGCAUUGCAUAGUAGUGCUGACGUUCGUCCUCUGAAGAUGGAGGAUUUCAAAUAUGCACAUGAGCAGGUGUGUGCAAGUGUGUCAUCAGAGUCUACAAAUAUGAACGAACUCCUGCAGUGGAAUGACCUCUAUGGAGAAGGUGGAUCAAGGAAGAAGAGAUCUUUAAGCUAUUUCAUGUAGAGGAGGUAUCUUCGUGUAUAUCAGUAAUCUAGAUCAUUCUUCGCCAUUUUAAAGUGUGGCAAGAUUAGGGACUCAUAUUUUAGUGGAAAUUCCAUUGCUGGUC